UGCCCGGGGUGCAGCGGGACGGUGGGAGCCACGUGAGGGACGGGAGGGACGUGGCUCGGCGGCCCUGGCCAGGGCUCCCUGGGACUGGAACCUUGCCCGGUGUGCCCCCUCCUGCCGGGGAUCCCGAGCACGGGGAAGACGGUCCGCCAGGAUCCCAGGUCCCGGGCCACCCUGGACCGCCGGGAACCCUUCGACUGCUCCCAGCGCCAGGCGGGGACUGGAUCUCCUCCGCCACCUCGGAGCAGGCCACCAGGUAUUUAUUCAAGAGAAAUGCAGCCUGUGUGCACACGGACCUUCAUACAUGAACACUCACAUCAGCUCCAUUCAUAACAGCUCCACGUGGGAAACAGCUCAAGUAAGUCUCCAUCAUGCCAGGCAUCCUGAACCUCGUUACCCAGGGAGGCUGAGCCGCCAACCCCUCGGCACCCAGAGGACGCCGGUGGCCGGACAUGGGAGCCCGACCCUCGCGACGGCAGGUGCCCGAAGCUCCGCGCGUGACUCUGGCCACGCUGCCCCCGGAGCUGCUGGUGCAGGUGCUGAGCCACGUGCCUCCCCGCGCGUUAGUGACGCGCUGCCGGCCCGUGUGCCGAGCCUGGCGCGACGUGGUGGAUGGCUCGAGCGUGUGGCUGCUGCAGCUGGCCCGCGACCGCAGUGCGGAGGGCAGAGCCCUCUACGCCUUGGCCCAGCGCUGCCCCGCCGACGAUGACCAUCAGGACGAGUUCCCGUUCUGCGCUCUGGCCCGUUUCUGCCUGCGCGCACCGCUGGGUCGCAACCUCAUCUUCAACUCCUGCGGAGAGCAGGGCUUCAGAGGCUGGGAAGUGGAGCACGGAGGGAACGGCUGGGCCGUGGAAAAGAAUUUGACAGUGGUGUCAGGCGCUCCUUCCCAGACCUGCUUUGUGACUUCUUUUGAAUGGUGCUUCAAGAGGCAGCUGGUGGACCUGUUGAUGGAGGGAGUAUGGCAGGAGCUACUGGACAGUGCCCAGAUUGAGAUCUGCAUAGCUGACUGGUGGGGCGCCCGUGAGAACUGCGGCUGUGUCUACAGGCUGCGGGUCCGCCUGCUGGAUGAAUAUGAAAAUGAAGUGGUCAAGUUCUCGGCCUCACCCAACCCAGUACUUCAGUGGACUGAGAGCAGCUGCCGACAAGUCUCGCAUGUCUUCACUGACUUUGGCAAAGGCAUCCGAUAUGUGUCUUUUGAGCAGUAUGGGAGAGACACGCGUUCCUGGGUGGGACACUACGGUGCCCUUGUGACCCACUCCAGUGUGCGCCUCAGGAUCCGUCUGUCCUAGCUGACCAGCGCUUCAGGACUUCCAGGACGUACUGCCUUCUCCCGGAUGUUAGUCAGAGGUGGCUCUGCAGCCCGCCCCAGCUGAACAAAAAAGGGGGACCCUGUGUGGCUCCCCUCCACACUUGCUGUCUCAGCAUCACGGCCCUCCUGCUGUGACACACCAGGGACCUAACCAGCUUGUCUGUAGCUUCCUUCUCUCCUCAAGCAGGGACCACCUUACCGUGACAGGCAUCUCUAGGUUACUGAGCCCGAGAACUGCUUCAUGUAUGGAUGCCAGUGGGUAAACUGUGUCCAAACAAAAACAGGCCAAGCCAGACCUGAUAGCACACACUUCUGAUCCCAGCACUCUCGGGAGAGGUAGGAGGAUCAUGAGUUCAAAGUCACCCUCAGCUAUGUACUGAGUUCCAGGCCAGCCUGAGCUGUGAGACCACGUCAAAAAACAAAACAUCCAAUAGACCAAGCUCAGAAUAUAACGAAAGGAGAAAGCGACUUAUAAGGAGACAGUGACUUUUUAAAAAACAUUUAUUUUAAUUGUGUGUCAGUGUGUGAAUAUGUACAUGUGAGUGUGGGAAUCCACAGAAGGAACUGGAGUUACAGAUGGGUUGAAAGAGACAUUCACAAUGAUUUCUUCAGUUUGUAUAGACCAGUGGUUCUCAGCCUUCCUAAUGCUGUGACCCUUUAAUACAGCUCCUCAUGCUGUGGUGACCCCAACCAU